AGAAUGGUUCAGAAAAAAGGAUUCUCAAGAGGCACUAUCAUUAAAAAAAAAGCUUUUGAAAGUAGCCCACAAGAGGAGUCCCAAAGGGCGUUGGUGGAUCAAGGCUGAUGCAUGUGAUUUGAGAAAAGGAUUAUGUGAGUCGUUGCGUGGUGAAUGGUCUGGAGAUAAAGAUACAGGAGAUGGUGAAGUAAAAAAGAUACAUGAUGAAUAUAGGACUAAGGAAAAGAGGGUCAAGAAUUUGCAAGUUGGAAGUGACAACUUCAUCAAAACUCUGCUUGAUGUCAAGAAGGACCUUGAAUGUGAUGUUUUAUUCCUACAAAAGGGCUUAAAGAAUGCAACUGAGAUCUACAACAAGAAGGUUGAUAGCGGAAACGUUUCUCAGGACAAUCUUGUGGCCCUUGCUUGGGAUGUCACUGGUUACACAGAGCUGGUAAAGAUGAAUGGCGAGUUGAUUUCAAAGAUCUGCUUGGUGCAAGAAGACCAAAACCUUACAACUGUCGGCAGUUGGAAUAAUUUGCGUGACAAGCUAUGCAACUACCUGAAGCAGCUGUACUUCUGAAAGCGUGAACCUGCUAGUCACUUAAUGGUGUUUAUGAUAGCCGAUGAACACAGGGAAUUUAAACCAUAUGCCACAUUCCAGUUCAGAUCUUACGGUUACGGAUAACGAUAUGCAACAUUUGAGAGAUCAAUUGGUCGAUGCAAUGGAAGAAUUGGGGAUGAUAGUUGUUGGUAAGUUCAUAUAUUUAUAUAAUUAUAUAAACUUUGAUUGUGCUAAUCUGACCUAAUCUGUGUCUGCGAUCAUUGCUUGCAUGCUGGCUCAUUCCGCAUUUAUUGUUGUUCAUUUUGAUCAUAGGGUUUGUUACUGAUGGGGAAUGGAACUCAUUAAGAACUCGUGGGGGACACAGGGCUGUGUCCAUUAUUCAGAUAGCCAUGGAUGUAAGGAAACUUGUGCAAUCAACCAAAGUUGUUGAUCUUGACAAGUUUUUCAAACCAACAGAGUCAAAUGGUGUGUUAUUUUUUUAUUUCAUUAAUCCAUGUGUAAUAGCAGACUUUGGUUAUUACUGUACACAGUAUCACAUACUCAAUGAGGUUAAGCUGGAAAGAACUAUCAUGGUAGAUAUUAAAUAAUUAACCCAUUGAGUUGCAUUGCGCCCUACUUUAUUAUUUCACUCUGUCUAAUGCCAGACGAUUUUACUCAUCAAGGGGAGAGCGCUGGCACUUAAUGGGUUAACUGGCCUAUCUGCCCAUGUGUCUAUUUAAGCCAUUGAGUUGCAUUGCGCCCCAAUGCGCCCUACUUUAUUAUUUCACUCUGUCUAAUGCCAGACGAUUUUACUCGUCAAGGGGAGAGUGCUGGCGCUUAAUGGGUGAUAUUAAAAUAAUGAAAUUUAAUAAAUUUGCCAAGUUUGGUUGCAAAAUGUUGUAAAAUGAGUAGAUUAAAACCGUAUGCUAUUCGCAAGCUUUGAAUAAAUUUGUAUUACACGAGGGAAAUUAAUAACCAUAUUUGAGCCAAAAAUGGUUAUACAUUAUUUCCUGCGCAUAAUAAUAAUUUUAAGAUGCUCUUUCCCUUUAUUGAAAAGACGUUUUGUUCUUCGAUUCUUACCUGUAUUUUAAUUUAGUCGAUCUAUAGCUGGAAUGAUCUAUUUACUUGCGAAAUUGUGAUUUGUGAAGUGAUUAUCAGUAUGAUACAGUUUUAUGAAAACUCAUUAUGAUUUUAUCAAACUAAAUCAUCAUUGUGUUUGUUGUGUUUUGUAGGAAAACCAGAAAUAACACAUGAUGCCAUACCCCAAUCAGAUAUUGCAUGGCUUUAUGAUUUCAUGGAAAAUGGAGACCCCAACCGGAAAAUUCCAUUUAAUGAAGUGAUUCAUGUUAUGAGAAGACAAAUGUAUCCCAAGAAUUAUGACCCAUGUCCAUCAGGCAAGAACAUGAUUGUAUUUAUACAGUAUUUAUGCAUUAUGUGUGUGUUAAAUUUAAUUCUAAAAUGGAUAGUGUAUACAUUUGUUUAGGGAAAAGUGAAACAUAUGCUGAUUGUCUGAGAUUGUUGUUUGCCAGUUAUGUUUUCAAACAAUCUGUGCAGUCAUUGAAAGCAGGAGUUGACUUUGAAAGUCACCUUUAUCAACCCGAGAUCAGCAGCGUCACAGGCGAGGCAAUGCUUGAUAGAGAGGAUCAUGGUCAUGUUUUUAAAAGAUUCACGCAAUGUCUUAGAAGUGGUUCGAUUCCAGGCAUAAACAUGAAAGCUUUUGCUGAUGCUUUAAAUGACCCCAAAUCAGGUCUGACAUAUGAAGCACUAACCGGAAAAAAACAAACAGAGCAUUCCUGA